AUGGAGGAGGACUUCAAGCAGGACAGCAGCCGGGAGCAGAACAACACCUAUGCUGUGACGGCAGACAUGGCUCGCCAGUACAAGGCCCUCCAGGAAGAGCUGAUCUACAAGAUCAACUCCCUGGAGAUCCAGCUGACGGAGCAGACCGAGGAGUUGGACCUUACAAACUUCGAGCUGAAGGAGUUGACCCGCGACAAGGAUGAUGAAAUCGAUAACAAGGACCAGCAGAUCAAGCACCUAAACGAGCGAAUGAACGAGAUGUCUGGGGAGUUUGCCAACAUGCUGCACGAGACGCUGGACCUCAUGAAGCAUCACAUCAGCGACAAACUCUCCGAUGCAGCCUUAGGUGAUGCCGACGGCUCUCGGCCAGACUUUACACAGCGGUUGCAGGACAGACGCGAGGCUUUACAGGACAAGAAGGCAACAACGGCAACAAGAGCCUACCGCAGUAUCACGCGGGUUUCCAUGGAUGAUGCAGACUUCAGCAACAAGGCCUACAAUGCCGUUGCCAUCAGCUCCAAAGCACAGGGCGAAGGGUCAAACAAGGCCGUCCGUCGGGAAGGGCUUAGGCUUCAGGCCAGACCCCAACCCGCCCCGACUCUCUUCGAGCGCAAGAGCGAGCACAAGCUCAAGCUUGUUGUUCAGGGUUCUGUGAACAGACGCCGAUGCUUUCCACCAGACCUGGGCUUGCUCCAGAUGGCGGACGACAUCGUCGUCCGUUUCCAGGCAAAGCCGGCUGAGGCGCAUCCCCCGGAGGGCUUCUUUAACUACAUCUGCGGUCUGCAGGAGUGGCCCCUGCCAAAUCAGUUCUGCCUCCUCGGAUACGUCAGCGCGCUCUUCGUGCGGGCCCGACAUCUGAUGCUGGAAGAAGGAGAGCGCGAAACUGCCAACUCCGAUUUGGCAUAUGCCGAGCCGAUCUUAGGAAAGGAGAUCAGCUUGGACUUUCUGGACUCGUCUCCCUGGCCCGUGUCCAUCCUGGACAUCUUCCUGAACAUCAACCAGACAGAGUUCCUGACCUAUGCACAGUAUGCUGCCAAGAAUCCGGUCAGACCUCCCUCCGUGCCGCUGGAGUCGCUGCACUGGCAGCCUCCGCCUGACCUGGUGCAGAGGCUGUCGCAGGUUCGGACACCAUCCGACGUCUCUGUGGCUGUCUUCGGCACGCAUGCGACGCUGUCCCUGGAGCCGGUGGACAUGCUCACACGGUCACAGGGGUUUUUCCGCGUGAAGGCCACCUUCUUUGGCCUCGAGCCGCGCUGGUGCGAGAUCCUCGGCCUUUGCAACCAGGGCUCUUCGACAAUCACCCAGCUGCUGAGGGCAGCGGAGGAAGAUCCCUAUGCCUAUCCCUGGGACACCAUGUCUCAGCAUCUCAGCGCUGCCGCUGCAGGGGACCAGGCCCUCCGAGAGGCUCAGCUGCUUCUCUGUACUGAGCCGGUCGCUGGCUGCGUCAUGCUGCGGCAGUGGGCCAGCCGUGAGAGGGGCGCAACUUUGCCGAUGCUCGGCUACUAUGGGGUGGCUUUACUCAACGGCUGCCCACCGCAGGACGUGAAAACCUUCUGGCGAGGGUUCAGCGAACUGCUCGACAGUGGCUCCAUGGCACGCAUGGCGACCAACAACCUCAUCCUUUCGGAGCAGAUCUUCUAUCAAACCGGCCGGCGGCUUCCCUACGUGCGUGCACACGGCCUCUAUACUGAGGUGUCUUACUCACCCAAGCUUCUGGACCAAGUACUCUUCUGGAGGUCACCACUGUUUGCAUAUGCAACUCUUCGUUGUGCCAUGUUUCGCUUUCUGGAAGGCUUCGGGCAGUACCCGCUGAAGUUCUACUUCCUGGAGGGCUCGGAGAGUGUUCCCUAUGCCAAGGCGGUUUCCUACCGGGCCAUUGCCAUGCUUCCUCACGAUCACGCGUUGAUGUCCUUCUACGAGCUCUACUCCACGGCGACCCCCCUGCUGCUGCCAUCUGCAGAGUGGAUGUACCGCCUGCUUUACAUGCGCGGCCAGCUCUCUGUGGGCGAGCGUUGGUAUCAGUCCAUCAUGCCCGGCCACGAGCCGCCUUACUGCGAGUUCGAGGUGGAAGGCGGAGCGGGAGCCGGAAAUGAUGCACAGACCGAGAAAUGGAACGAGCUGGACACAGUCGUCGUGCAGACAGAAAUUGAAGACUUUGCCGGCGCCACCGGCACAUUAGUGAUCCAGGCACGCACGAUGGACGGCCGCGAGUUCGCACAAGUAACGUUGGAUGCCAACAAGGCACUGACGCGCGCACUUGUCGAAGAGUUGGCCUCAAAGUAUCCCUGCUCACCCACCGCUCUGCGCCUUGUGCUGCCUGGUGGCAGUGGCAUCGAUCCUCUCGAAACGGCCAACAAACUAUUGGCCGCGGUCUUGGUGGAAGGGAAGACGAUGAGGGCAUACACAUGA